CGGCCUGGCCCAGGCCAGCGGGCAGAUGCCCCGAGCCGGUGGCGGUGUGGUGGUGGUGGAGGAGGCAGGCGACUGGCCCCGGGGGCCGCUGACGAGGCCCGAAGGAGCCGGGGGCCGCUGAGGCGUCCCCGGCCGCGGUGGCCUGUGCGCGGGGAUCAUGUAUUUCCUGAGCGGCUGGCCCAAGAGGCUGCUCUGCCCUCCGGGGAGCCCGGCCGAGGCGCCGUUCCACGUCCAGUCCGACCCGCAGAGGGCUUUCUUCGCCGUGCUGGCCCCGGCCCGCCUCAGCAUCUGGUACAGCCGGCCCAGUGUGUUAAUUGUAACUUACAAGGAAUCCACCAAAUCAUCUGCUCAGUUUGGAUCCUACAAGCAGACUGAAUGGAGGCCCGACAGUACCAUGAUAGCUGUGUCAACGGCAAAUGGCUACAUCUUGUUUUUUCAUAUUACAUCUGCAAGAGGGGACAAGUACCUUUACGAACCAGUGUAUCCCAAAGGAAGUCCACAAAUGAAGGGGACACCUCAUUUCAAGGAAGAACAGUGUGCUCCUGCAUUGAACUUGGAUAUGAGGAAGAUACUGGACUUGCAAGCGCCUAUUACGAGUUUGCAGUCCGUGCUAGAAGAUCUCCUAGUUGCAACUUCUGAUGGACUUCUUCAUCUUAUUCAUUGGGAAGGAAUGACAAACGGAAGGAAAGCCAUUAAUCUUUGCACAGUACCAUUUUCAGUAGAUCUGCAGUCAUCUAGAGUAGGUUCAUAUCUGGGCUUCGCAGAUGUAUACGUCAGAGACAUGGAAUAUUGCGCCACACUGGAUGGGUUUGCUGUUGUGUUUAAUGAUGGCAAAGUUGGAUUUAUUACACCAGUAUCAAGUAGAUUCACUGCAGAGCAGCUUCAUGGAGUUUGGCCUCAAGAUGUUGUUGAUGGAACGUGUGUAGCAGUAAAUAACAAGUAUCGGUUAAUGGCCUUUGGUUGUGCAAGUGGUUCUGUGCAGGUUUAUACAGUAGACAACACCAGUGGAGCCAUGCUGCUCUCUCAUAAAUUAGAGCUAACAGCGAAGCAGUAUCCUGACAUAUGGAAUAAAACUGGAGCUGUAAAAUUGAUCAGAUGGUCUCCUGACAAUAGUGUUGUAAUAGUUACAUGGGAAUAUGGAGGCCUUUCUUUAUGGAGUGUGUUUGGAGCCCAGCUGAUUUGCACACUUGGAGGAGAUUUCGCUUAUAGAUCUGAUGGCAUCAAAAAAGAUCCCCUGAAGAUCAGCUCUAUGAGCUGGGGUGCAGAGGGUUACCACCUGUGGGUCAUCAGCGGCUUCGGCUCUCAACACAGCGAGAUCGAGUCUGACCUCAGGAGUGUAAUGAAACAGCCCAGCAUUCUGUUGUUUCAGUUCAUCAAGAGUGCCCUCACUGUGAACCCUUGUAUGAGUAACCAAGAGCAAGUACUGCUUCAGGGAGAGGACCGCUUGUACUUGAACUGUGGGGAGGCCUCGCAGAGCCAGAAUCCCAGGAGCUCCUCAGCACAUGCCAAGCACCAGCUGGGUCGGGAAAAGAGUCUGUUUGCGGAUGGAGGAUUAGAGUCUCCGAGCUUGAGCACUUUACUAGGACAUCGGCACUGGCACGUUGUGCAGAUUUCCAGCACCUAUCUGGAGAGCAAUUGGCCAAUACGGUUUUCAGCUAUUGAUAAACUUGGACAGAAUAUUGCUGUCGUUGGCAAGUUUGGUUUUGCACAUUACUCCUUGCUCACCAAAAAAUGGAAACUUUUUGGAAACAUUACUCAGGAACAAAAUAUGAUUGUGACAGGUGGCUUAGCCUGGUGGAAUGAUUUUAUGGUCCUCGCGUGUUACAACAUAAGUGACCAUCAAGAAGAGCUCAGAGUAUACUUACGAACAUCAAAUCUGGACAACGCCUUUGCUCAUGUGACCAAGACACAAGUGGAGACAUUGCUGCUUAGUGUCUUCCGGGACAUGAUCAUAGUGUUUAGAGCAGACUGUUCAAUAUGCCUUUACAGUAUUGAAAGAAAAUCAGAUGGUGCACACACUUCUGCUGGCAUUCAAGUUCUUCAGGAGGUCUCCAUGUCACGUUACAUUCCUCACCCCUUCCUGGUAGUGUCUGUCACUCUGACGUCAGUGAGCACGGAGAAUGGAAUCACCUUGAAAAUGCCACAGCAGGCACGUGAUGCCGAGAGCAUCAUGCUAAACCUUGCAGGACAGCUCAUCAUGGUGCAGAGGGACAGGUCAGGCCCCCAGAUCCGGGAGAAGGACAGUCACCCCAACCAGAGGAAGCUGCUGCCGCUCUGUCCUCCUGUGGUCCUGGCCCAGUCGGUUGAGAACGUCUGGACGACGUGCCGAGCCGACAAGCAGAAGCGUCACCUGCUGGAGGCCCUGUGGCUGAGCUGCGGCGGGGCGGGCAUGAAAGUGUGGCUCCCUCUCUUCCCCAGGGACCACCGCAAGCCCCACUCGUUCCUGUCCCAGCGGAUCAUGCUGCCUUUCCACAUCAACAUCUACCCGCUGGCUGUUCUGUUCGAAGACGCGUUGGUCCUCGGUGCUGUCAACGACACUGUCCCCUACGACUCUGUGUACCCGCGGAGCAGCAGGGAGCAGCUGGAGGUGCUCUUCCCUUUCUGUGUCGUGGAGAGAACCUCUCAGAUCUACCUCCACCACAUCCUGCGGCAGCUGCUGGUCAGGAACCUCGGGGAGCAGGCCUUGCUCCUGGCUCAGUCCUGCGCCGCGCUGCCCUACUUCCCGCACGUGCUGGAGCUCAUGCUGCAUGAGGUGCUGGAGGAAGAAGCUACCUCACGGGAGCCCAUUCCCGACCCCCUGCUCCCCACCGUGGCCAAAUUCAUCACCGAGUUUCCGCUCUUCCUGCAGACAGUGGUUCACUGCGCCAGGAAGACUGAGUAUGCCCUGUGGAAUUACCUUUUUGCAGCUGUCGGGAACCCCAAGGACUUGUUUGAAGAGUGUUUGAUGGCCCAGGAUUUGGAUACGGCUGCCUCUUACCUUAUCAUCUUACAGAACAUGGAGGCCCCAGCAGUCAGCAGGCAGCAUGCCACCCUUCUGUUCAACACAGCCCUGGAACAAGGCAAGUGGGACCUGUGUCGGCACAUGAUUCGAUUCCUGAAAGCUAUCGGCUCUGGAGAGUCCGAAACACCGCCUCCCACGCCCACAGCUCAGGAACCCAGCUCAGGUGGCGGAUUUGAGUUCUUCAGGAAUCGGAGCAUCAGUUUAUCCCAGUCAGCUGAAAAUGCCGCACCUAGUAAAUUCAGCUUACAGAAAACACUAAGCAUGCCAUCCGGUCCUUCUGGAAAAAGAUGGAGUAAAGACAGUGACUGUGCUGAGAACAUGUACAUCGACAUGAUGCUCUGGAGACACGCCCGGCGCCUCUUAGAGGCCGUGCGGCUGAAGGAUCUGGGCUGCUUUACAGCCCAGCUGGGCUUUGAGCUCAUUGGUUGGCUGUGCAAGGAGCGUACUCGAGCUGCUCGGGUAGAUAACUUCGUGGCGGCCCUGAGGAGACUCCACAAAGACUUCCUGUGGCCAUUCCCCAUCAUCCCAGCCUCUUCGAUCAGUUCUCCUUUCAAAAAUGGGAAAUACCGAACAGUGGGAGAGCAGCUGUUCAAGUCUCAGUCGGCUGACCCGUUUCCAAACCUGGAUGCGGAGGCUGGCGUCUCUGCCAUGCAGCGAAGUCAGAGCUGGCUGGGCAGUGUCGGCCCUCCCCACCCUGAGCUGGACACAGCCUCAUCCCAUGGACCGCAAAUGCAAGAUGCCUUCCUGUCACCCUUAUCCAAUAAAGGUGACGCAUGCAGCAUUGGUUCAGCCACGGAUCUGACUGAGAGCAGUUCCAUGGCAGACGGGGACUGGACAGUGGUGGAGGAGAAUUUUUCCACCCUCAGUCUGACUCAGUCCGAGCUGGAGCACAUCUCCAUGGAGCUGGCGAGCAAAGGCCCUCAUAAAUCCCAGGUCCAGCUUCGGUACUUACUGCAUAUUUUCAUGGAGGCCGGAUGUUUGGACUGGUGCAUUGUCAUUGGCCUGAUUCUUAGAGAAUCCUCAGUAAUCACCCAGAUUCUGGCUAUUAUACAGUCUUCAGAGGCGGAUGGAGAGAUGUUACAGAACAUUACCACAGGGCUCCGUGCUGUGGACCAAUGGGCCGCUACGGAUUGCCCUGGAUAUAAGCCAUUUUUAAACAUCAUUAAGCCUCAGCUGCAGAAGCUCAGUGAGAUAACGGAAGAGCAAGUUGAGCCUGACGCCUUCCAGCCAGUGACCACAGGCAAGAGUGUGGAGCAGGCCAGUCCCCGGGCCGAGGAGCGAAGGGGGUCCUGCAGCCACGGCGCUGUCCCGCAGGGCGAGGCGCUGGGGACCAGUGCGGUCAGCCGCCGGGAGGAAGACGCGGCUCGGGCAGAGGAGGAGGAGCCCUUUCAGGACGGGACUUACGACUGCUCUGUGUCCUAACCGGUGAGGUGACAUGUGACAAGCAGUAUUAACAGCAGCAGGCAGCUGAGUCCACUGU